AUGGCUACCCACACUAUUGCACCAACUGAUGAACAAACCUGUCUUUCAGAGAAAGAUGAUGCAGGUUCAGGAUCACUGCAGGCAACUGACGAAGAAGAAAACGACGAAACUUGUCCCACAGGCCUAGAUACAUUCUUUCGAGAGUGGUUUCGGCAAGACGAAAGCGCCUUGAAAGCAAUUGACGAUGGACACUUCACCAUCAAGAAUAUGUUUGGCGAUGAAAUCUACACCGGGCUCUGGGAAAGCAUAGUUUCGCCCCAUGCACGCCUUGUAGUAUCACUGCAAGUGCCAUCAGACGUUGCAUUGGUCCCUGUACCUCAGAUCUCCGAGAAGGCUGACGUGACUGAGACGACCUACGAAAAUCGAGUUCAAUACAAGGUCAGCUACUAUCGACGACAAGAGUUCGGUGGUCGCUCCGAAUUCAUAAGUCAGAGCGUGUACACUGAACCAAUUGAGCUUGAGGUUUCCGAUGAACGCGAGAACGUCCCAGUCCUUGAAGAAAGCAAGAACGUGGAGUCUCCCCCUCAUUCAGUACAAAAGAACGGCUUUGCAUCAGGCACACAUGGGAAACAACCCAAACUACGUCAGGCUGAUGUAGUCAGUGAGCCAGUCCUCAAGAUACACUCCCCGUACUUGCUGAACGUACUCAAAGCCGUGAUUGAAUGCUCGGCCCAACCACCCGCAGGUGACGACGAUGGUCUGGAUGAUGGAGUCUUCGCAUACCCUUUCAUGGACCUGUACCUGCAUCUCAAUGAUUUGCUCGACUACAAGACUGGAAAAUCAGAGCUUCGAAAGCGCCACUCUGACAUGUUCAAUCAUCAUGCAGACGAGCAUAUCGAGCUUCUUAGAUCGUAUCUUGAGUCACAACCGACCAUCCAGUACAAUGAUGCCAAAGCUCGUUGGAGCAAAAGUAUUCCGUCUACCACAUUCGGCACGCUUUGGCUUUUGAUGAAGCCAGGCACGGAUGUGUAUGUGCGCGAAACCGAUGGCUCGCUCAAUCGCUAUGUUCUCGAUAGAUUGGCGGGCGGAACCCACCAAGACGAAUCAGGCAAGAAGGCCACUAUAAAAUAUACCGCGCAGGUCUGGCAUCUUGUCUUAGAUGACAAAGCGAUUAGAAAAUACGCCAGACAUGUUGAUAUCCAGGUUUUCGAUGACGAAAGGCAAAUCACGGAGCUCCCCAUUUUCCCUGUCCGGUAUCAAGAUCAGGUUGACAAAGGUGCCACCCUUCAGUCUUUGAUCGAUCGGGGCCAAAAGUACUUCGCAUAUUCAAAACACCCUUCCUUUCUGCAAUACGACGGUGAAGGUUUGAAGGCUGGGACCCGAUCGUACAAACGUUCUCGCGUCGUAGUUGAACACGAAUCGAGGCCAUGGACUAAUGGAGGUAUUUGGGGCCCCGAUCUGAGCCACCAUAUGCCGGAAAACAGAGUCCCAGAUGCAGUUAAUACUAUGCGGUCCCCAUUCAGUGUUCCUCCUCCGCCUCCGCCCCCGCCUCCUCCAGGACAGGUCAUAAAUAUCGUUGGUGAAUCUAUGCGUGUAGCGCGUUGUGAGUGCAAGGACUGUCAAGUGCACGCCGCUUCACAAGAAACGUAUCUCCAACUGAAAUUCAGUGACUACCGCGAAAUUAACCCUACGAAGCUGAACAAGCUCACUGACCAUCAAUACUCUAUCCUUCCGUCGCACAUGUUUGCAUUUGUUCUCAACGAUCGCAAUUACGAUCUUCUGGAUGUAGCAAGAUUACAGGAACCCAGCAUGGCCGAGACCGCAAUUGAUAGACUCGUCAUGCCACACGGAAACAAGGAAUUGAUCAAGGCGAUUGCAAAAACGUACACAGACAAUUCCGAAUUGUUCAGCGCAGAUUUCAUUUAUGGCAAGGGCGAGGGCCAAAUCAUCCUUCUGCAUGGGCCUCCAGGUACAGGGAAGACGCUCACAGCCGAAUCUGUGGCAGAUUUCAUUAAAAGGCCGCUACUCAACAUCACGGCGGCCGAUCUUGGACACGAGCCAGAUGCACUCGAGAAAAGUCUCCUUCAAUACUUUCGCAGAGCGAAUGACUGGGACGCGAUAGUGCUGCUCGAUGAGGCAGACGUGUACUUGGAAAAGCGAUCUACUAGCGACUUGGAGCGCAACAGCAUCGUGUCCGUUUUCCUGCGAGCUCUCGACUACUUUCAAGGGAUUCUCUUCCUCACCACAAACAGAGUUGCCCAGUUUGACGAAGCAUUCAUGUCGCGCAUCCACUUAUCCCUGGGAUAUGACAAGCUCAGCGACGACGCGCGAACCCAGAUCUGGGGCAACUUAUUCCAGAAACUGAAAGACGACCAUAGAACGGCGGACCCAAGAUCGAAUGAAGAAGUCAAGGCCUUGCAGUGGAACGGGAGGGAGAUCCGAAACGCUUUCCAAACCGCAGUCGCACUCGCGGUGUAUGACUCAAAAGCUAAGGCCAAAAAUGGUGAGCCGGCAAUACCUGAAGUCACAGAAGAUCACCUGAGGCAGGUGGUGUCGAUGUCGUCGGCCUUCCGUAAGUACAUCACAGCUGCACAUGAGGGUAUGGAUGACUCGGUCUGGGCAUUCAAGCACGGAAAUCGGGAUGACAGGGUUUCGUCUGCUCCGAGAAGAUAG